GUCGUGUGACUGACUGAGCGAGGCAACCUAAGUACCUAGGCAGAUAAAUAAAGAACAACACCUCACUCAGCUCAGCUGGUUCUCUAGUUAAUACAUACAACAAAGAUCAAAGACCAGUGCCUUUUUUUCCAACCUCUUUGAGGUCUGCAUCAUCCGUCUCAAUCAUCAAGACCCAAGAAAGGAUUACACCCAAAUGCAUCUCAACCUCUCCUACACCGCCGUGGCUCUCCUGCUCGGCCUCGGCAAUGUCGCAUACGCUGAAUACGAAGCUGAACAGAAACGAGACUCUGCGGCUGAUACUUCGCGAUUCGCUCUGCCUACCUUGACGGAUCCCUUGCCGUCUGGGUGGUCGUCUAUUGUCGCGACGGGCAGUGCGUCUGGUACUGGUGCUGCUACGAGUAAUACAGCUACUGGCACGGCUACGGCUACGAGUUCUUCAUCGCCCACUGCGUCUACGUCUGCGUCUGCAUCCGAAUCUGCUUCAUCUUCGGACUCUUCUUCAUCGUCCUCUACUUCGGAUUCGUCCUCUUCGGGGUCCACUUCUUCGCCCUCUGCCUCCGCCACAAACCCUACCUCUCCAACUGCCAGCAGCAGCAGCACCGUGAUAAUUACUCCUUCAAGCAGCGAGUCUUCCGGUCUCUUCACCAUCCAAACUACCUCUCCAACAACGACCCCCGGGCUCAAAUCAACUGCCACCUCAGUCGUACCCGCAGCAUCUACUAGCGGCGCGAUCACCAGCACCGCAACAGCGACUACGAUAGUCCAGCCGUCCAACACGGCAGAGAGUUCGUCUCCGAGCCCAUCCUUGAAUGCGAACGGUGGAGUGACCCUGGCUUCGAGGGCGUGGGAUGCAGGGAUCAUGGCUGGUUUGACCGGUCUUGUGGCUGUGCUCCUGGGUUAGUUAGGCAGCUUAAUUAAGUUGGUUGGUGAGAUUGCCAUACGGAUUACAGAAUGGAUCUGGCAUGAGCAUUACGCAUUACGCAUUAUGAAAAAUUGAUGGACAUAAAUUGUACAAAUAUCAAACAUAUGGCUAUGAGAAAAUGAUUGCAUCUGAGUGGUAGCGAGUUGCACAGAAAAAAAAAAAAAAAUAGAAAGGAUAUUUAGCUUUCUCUACUUAUA